GAAAUACUCGCUUGGUGUACCCCGGUGGUGGAUUUCUGGCUGUAAAACUAGAGCUCCGACGCGAUGAUAUUUCACCACCUAGUUUCCACAUUGCGCAGCGGAGUGAGGUGCUGGCGACAUCAAGGUGUACUUAGAACGGGUUUAGUACGUUUCGAAGCCUUACAUUUGUAUAGCACACGUUGUUGGUCAACCUUUGCUCCCAAACGUAUGAGGCCGGGCAUGGAGGAGCUUCUGACUAGGGUUGUCGCUCCGUUACCCACAUACGAGACAAGGGACAAGUCCCCGCCUCCCCCCGAGUCAAACAGUGUGGAAUUUAUGCAUUUCUACAAUAGCCUCGAAAAAGAACAGAGACUCGAAUUCCUUGUGAAGCUGUCACAUCAGUUUGGGGUGGAUCACAAAUGUGCUUCAGAACUAGCAGGAAAACUUGUCGACACUCAGCAACGGGACUUGGCAACAAUACUUCAAGUUGAGGACAGGUUACGUUACAGCCUGACUCCCCGUUACAAACAGUUGCUUAAUCACAUAAGCAGAGUCGAGGGGGGAGUCAAGUUUUUGGUGGAUCUCCGUGCUGAUGUCAUUGAAAUAAUAUCAUCGAAAGCAAGCGAAAGUUCACAUAUCAGGGAUCUGAGCAGCACCCUGAAGAGCCUGCUGUCUGAGUGGUUCUCUGUAGGUCUGCUCAGACUUGAGAGGAUCACCUGGCAGUCCCCUUGUGAGAUCCUGCAGAAGAUCAGCCAGUACGAGGCUGUGCACCCAGUGAGGAACUGGACGGAUAUCAAGCGGCGCGUGGGCCCGUACAGGCGCUGCUAUGCCUUCAUCCACGCUGCCAUGCCCGGGGAGCCGCUAGUGGUGCUGCACGUGGCCCUCACCGAGGACAUUUCCGACAACAUACAGAGCAUUGUGAGGGAGUUCGCCACACUGGACUCCGAGGAGGACGUGAACAAGGUCAACGCCGCCGUCUUUUACUCCAUCUCCUCCUCCCAGGCCGGCCUGCAGGGGGUGGAGCUGGGCAACUACCUCAUCAAGAGGGUGGUGCGGGAGCUGCAGAGUGAGUUCUCCCACAUGGCCCAGUUCUCCAGCCUGUCUCCUAUCCCAGGCUUCUCCACGUGGCUCCUGGGCCUCCUCAGCCAACACAGGAAGGAGGGGCGUGGCUCCGAGCUGCUGUCCGAGUCCGAGUGGCUGGAGGUGGAGUUAGCCACAGAGUCCCCACCCGGAGGCCCGGCCCUGGAUGCCCUACGGAAGCUGAUCAGCACCAGCGAGUGGGUCCGCUCGGAACGCCUCGUACGAGUUCUGGAACCCGUCCUGAUGCGCCUCUGUGCGUGGUACCUGUACGGGGAAAAGAGGCGGAGCUACGCCCUGAACCCUGUAGCUAACUUCCAUCUGCAGAACGGCGCCACCAUGUGGCGGCUUAACUGGCAGGCUGACACCAGCCCCAGGGGUGUGGCCAACUCCUGCGGCAUCAUGGUGAACUACAGGUACUUCCUGUCGGAUACAGCGUCCAAUAGUGCGGCGUACUUGCAGAGCAAGGUGAUCCCAGCGUCUGAGCAGAUCCUUGGGCUGGUGUCUCAGUUCCAAAAGAACAGCAAACUCUGAGACUGUUUGUCACAAACACUAGCCCGGGUUUUUUUUUUUUGCACUGUGGGUCAUUGAGCUGCACUUGGCAUCAAAGGUGCCUCUCUGACUCCAUCAUAUGGCACUAUUGUGCCAAAGAGGAAAAUAUGACAGAAAUUUUAAAUUAUUUGUGAAUGUUUCUCUUGUCCUUUUUCUUUGCUAUUAGACUUGUGUACAGUGGUUUUCUGGAUCUGCUUCUCUAGGAGUGUGUGUGGUCUUGUCAGUUAGACUGACAUUAUUCAGUGUAUGGUUCAGGAAAUGAACUCCAGGCACCACAGAUACUGCUAUAUACAAUGAAUAAACAAGGUUUGGAAUCUU